AUGAUCAAAAUAGCUCACGACUGUGCCCAGCUCUAUGCAUCCUUCCUCGCUCUUCUCUCUGUCACGGCUGGGGUAAAACGUGCUCGUACUGCAACAACGCAUCUGGUUGUCAUUCUGGGGACUGUUUUUGCGGUAUACGCAUAUCGUGACCUGUGGCCAUUAUUGACAUUCACAAAAACGCCUUCCGAUCUACGCGACGGAUCAUUGCUAUGGGCCAAAUUGGCUGUCCUUGGACUGGUGGCUAUCGUCAUCCCUUUGACGGUCCCUCGCCAAUAUAUUCCUCACGACCCACAGGAGCCUCAUGAUGAUCCCAAUCCUGAGCAAACGGCGUCUAUCUUGUCGAUGAUGUUCUACAAUUUCCUGGAUCCGAUCGUCUUCUUGGCUUACAGAAUUACCCAUCUAUCCUUCGAGCAACUUCCUCCGCUAGCUGACUAUGAUUACACCAAGAACCUCGUGCGGAGAAGUUUUUCGCAUUUGGACAUCUUCUCGGGAGCUACGAGGCGCCACUUGUUUUGGGGGCUCAUGACAGUAUUUCGUGAGCUGCCUUUCCUCUCAGCCGUUCUUCCGAUCGACUUGAAGGUGUUUAGGUCGCGAAUACAUGGGUCUGGCGAUCAGCCUUAUGAUCAAGGUAUGAUCACUUCAUUUUUCGGACCUCUAGCCAUCUAUAAACUCUUGCAGUUUUUAGAAACCAAGGGGGCUGGUGCCGUUGUUCGCCCGUGGGUUUGGAUUUCUGGUCUUUUCUUUGGCCCUGUGAUAGGCACGCUCGCCAUUCAGUGGUACAUUUUCCUCGCAACUGGAAUGCUUGUCCGCACGGAAGGCAUCAUAACCCAGUUGGUAUUCGAACACGCUCUGCGAAUCCGAAUGAAGGCUGAGACCGAUAAGUCGCCCGUGAAGCUUGAGGAGGCUUCAAGGGAUUCCACGGUCGCGGGAGACACCCCUGAGUCUGCAUCAGUUGAGGGAAGUAGCAGCGGAGACAGUAGAUCAGGAAGUGGCGAUGAGACGGCUCGCUCAAGUGCUAUCAGUGUUAAGUCUCAAGGGAAGCAGCAAGCUAAGGCCGAGAGUGACGAAGAUGAUAAAUUCAACAAGGAUGGGACUGUGAAGGCGGACAACCUUGUUGGGAAAAUCAACAAUCUAGUCUCGGUUGAUUUGGGCAAUAUCACGGAAGGGCGUGAUUUCUUGAUAUUGAUCUUAUAUCUGCCCGUGCAGAUUGUCUUAUGCGUCAUUUUCUUGUAUACCAUUCUUGGUUGGAGUGCGUUCGUUGGAAUGGCCUCAAUGGUCAUCCUCUUCCCCGUCCCAGGAUGGGUCUCAAACUUGAUCCAACGGGCGCAGAAAGAAGGUAUUAAACGUACCGAUGCACGUGUGCAAACUGUCACAGAAACGAUGAAUGUUCUGCGCAUGGUCAAGCUGUUCGGCUGGGAACAAAAAAUCAACGAUAGGGUAGCCGAGAAGCGAGAUGAUGAACUCAAAUUCAUCAAACGUCGCCAGCUGCUCAACUUAUUGAACAACGUGUUGAAUUUCAUCAUUCCCGUUGUUACAAUGAUGGUCACUUAUGUUACAUAUACGGUCGUCAUGAAGCAGAUUUUGGCUCCUUCCACCGUCUUCUCUUCAAUGUCUGUAUUCGAUAUUUUGCGAGAUCAGCUCCAUUCAGUGUUUUACAUGAUUCCAAGUCUCACACAAGCGAAGGUUUCCCUUGAUCGAGUUACUGAAUUUCUCCAGGAGACCGAGCUUUUGGACACCUAUGCUGAAGAAGCAAAAGGGAAGACAAAUGACCUCCUCACCAGGGCACACUCGAAUCGGGACGUCAUCGGGUUCCAGGAUGCUACAUUCACAUGGGCGAACGAUAGCUUAGACGACGGCGCUGUAACUCCGUCCAGACGGAAGUUCGUCCUGAACAUCGAAGGGGAGUUGCUUUUCAAGCGCGCUUGCAUAAAUGUCAUCAUCGGCCCAACUGGGUCAGGAAAAACAUCUUUGCUGAUGGCCUUGCUAGGCGAGAUGCAUUUCGUGCCCUCUGGUCCUGGAUCAUGGUACAGUCUUCCUCGUGAGGGUGGUGUUGCGUACGCUGCCCAGGAGUCUUGGGUACAGAAUGAAACUAUCCGAGACAACAUCCUAUUUGGAGCACCGUACGACGCCGUUCGAUACAGCAAAGUGGUCUUCCAAUGUGGACUCGAGCGGGAUCUUACACUUUUCGAAGCCGGAGACCAGACCGAAGUCGGUGAAAAAGGACUGACGUUAAGUGGUGGUCAAAAGGCUCGAGUUACUCUCGCCCGAGCAAUAUACUCUUCUGCCGAAAUAAUUCUACUAGACGAUGUACUUGCAGCUCUGGACGUACACACUGCCCGCUGGAUCGUCGAUAAAUGCUUCAAGGGGGAUCUCAUCCGUGGACGAACAGUGUUACUAGUCACUCACAAUGUCGCGAUGGCGAGUCCUAUCGCGGAAUACGUGGUCUCCCUCGGUCUCGACGGUAAGGUGGCGAGCCGUGGGUCUGUAUUGGAUGCACUUGCACAUGACAAUGCGCUGUCGAAAGAGGUCGCCGAAGAAGUUGUCGCGAUCGAGAAAGCCGACACUGAAAUAGACUCCGAGGAGCCAGACAACGCGAACAAAAAGGCAGACGGAAAACUUACUGUUGCUGAAGAGAUCCAUGAAGGCCACGUCAGUUGGGAAGCUAUGAGUCUGUACUUCAAGAGUUUGGGUGGCUCGCACACCACCUUGUUCUGGAUCGUGUUCUUGGGCGGCAUAACUUUGUGCGAUCUGGCGAAUUCCAUUCAAACGUGGUUCUUGGGCUACUGGGCACAGCAAUACGAAAUAUACCCUCCAUCAGAAGUUCACGUCUCUUUCUACCUGACCGUUUAUGCCCUCCUCCUGUUGUUCGCCAUCAGCGUGUAUUCCAUCGGUAGUGGUGUAUACGUGUUUGGCUCCAUACGAGCAUCUAGGAGCAUUCAUCGAAGGCUCAUAGAAUCUGUACUCGGAACCACCUUAAGAUGGCUUGAUACGACACCCACAUCACGAGUCAUCACGCGUUGCACCCAGGACAUCCGUGCCAUCGAUGGACCAGUUGUGAACAAUCUGCUUUGGGUCAUCGAAAUUUCCGCCACAUUGUUGAUCAAGCUUGCCGCGGUCGUAGUGCUGACGCCGGUAUUCGUCAUUCCCGGCAUCUUGGUGUCAAUGUUGGGUGGCUGGUGCGGCCAGAUCUACAUGAGAGCACAACUAUCUGUCAAACGAGAGAUGAGUAACGCAAAGGCUCCGGUGAUGGGUCAUUUCGGCGCUGCCAUAGCUGGCCUCACUUCGAUACGUGCCUACGGUGCUCAGGCUGCGUUCCGGCAGGAAUCUUAUCGACGCAUUGAUCGCUACACGAGAGCAGGCCGGACCUUCUACAAUCUCAACAGAUGGGUUUGUGUUCGGAUUGACGCACUCGGUGGCUUAUUCGCGGCAGCUCUCGGUGCAUGGUUGGUCUACGGACCCGGACAUAGCGAUAAUCUUCCUUCAGACACUGGAUUCUCCCUCACAAUGGCAGUGGGCUUUAGUGGUAUGAUUCUGUGGUGGGUACGUUGCUUGAACGAGUUUGAAGUCAGCGGCAACAGUUUGGAGCGGAUCCAAGCAUACAUUAACAUUGAACAAGAGCCGAAGGCAACGAAGGAUGGAGUUCCUCCAGCCUAUUGGCCGGCUAGCGGGGAUGUCAAAGUGGAAAAUCUGUCUGCUCGUUAUUCGCAAGAUGGGCCGAACGUUCUGCACGAUAUAUCAUUCCACAUUAAAUCAGGCGAACGUGUCGGUGUUGUUGGGAGAACCGGAAGCGGAAAGAGCUCACUGACCUUAUCACUUCUUCGUUGUCUCUUCACCGAUGGCGCCAUCUAUUAUGAUGGGCUUCGCACCGAUUCGGUCAAUCUUGACUCCCUGCGCACAAACAUCACGAUUAUCCCCCAAGUUCCUGAGCUUCUUAGUGGUACACUGAGGGAGAACCUGGAUCCGUUCUCCGAACAUGACGAUGCAACAUUGAAUGGAGCUUUGCGAGCUGCCGGGCUCUUUUCACUCCAGAGCGAUGACGACGAAGGUCGCAUUACCUUGGACACCAAAAUCUCGACGGGUGGGGGAAAUCUUUCGGUUGGUCAACGGCAGAUUCUCGCACUGGCAAGAGCCAUUGUGCGUGGGAGCAAGCUGCUAAUUCUCGACGAAGCUACCUCCGCAAUAGACUACGAGACAGAUUCGGUCAUUCAAUCUUCAUUGCGCCAUGAACUCAGAGGCGACGUAACGUUGAUCACGAUAGCACAUCGUCUGCAGACCAUUAUGGACGCAGACAAGAUUUUGGUCCUCGACGCAGGCCGCAUCGUUGAGUUUGACACACCGAGUGCGCUUCUCAAGAACGACAAGGGGAUAUUGCGGGCUCUGGUCAAUGAGAGUGGUGACAAAGAGACACUAUACGCAAUGGCAGAAGGAAAAGGAGCCUCUCGUUGAUAGAGAGCACUAACGGACACUCUGGUUUUUCUUCACUUAUCUGUAUGUAGAAGGUCUGUUAUACAAUUGACAAAGUGAGACGAUCGUUC